AUUGGUAGCCUGAGGCUUCCUUCCCUUCCGUGUUCUUCCAGCUCUCGAAAAUUCCCCCAGCUCUCUCUCUCUCUCUCUCUCUCGCUCGCUCGCUCCCUCUGCCCUGCAGAUUUCGCUUUGAUUUCGAUCGCUCGGGUGUUGCUGUCGCUGUCGUCGGCGGUGGAGCGACUAGGGUUGUUCGGUGGGGUCCCGUGGGUGCUCGCCGUUUCUGCCGCGAAAUUUAUGGCCGGAAGGGAAGUCCGCGAGUACACCAACCUCAGCGAUCCCAAAGAUAAGAAAUGGGGGAAGGGGAAGGACAAAAUAGACGACGAGGACAUCACGUUCCAGCGCAUGGUCGCCAAGAUGCAAGAGGUUGCUGGAGAACGUGGAGGUUACCUUCAUGGACGAGGAGCCCUGGACAGUGAUGAUCUGCUAUAUCUCAAGGAACAAAUGGAAGCUGAGGAGGAUGCAGAACGCCUUCUACGCCGCACUGAAAAACGAGCAUUUGCUGCAUUUAAAAGAGCUGCGAGUUUAGCAGAUUCAUCUCCUGCAUCCGUGCCUUUGCCUCUUCGUGUUGAACCAAAGCCAAAGAGUGGGAUCAGGCAGCAAGUUCUCCUCAAGAAAGUUGUCGAAAUCAAGCCUAAGCGGCAAAAGGUUUCUAGCCCACCAAAUGCGAAUCAGGCAACCGCCAUAUACAAUGAUCAUGUGACUUCCGAAUCGAAGGCUGACCAGGUGAAGAAGCAUCCCACGCCAACAGAAGCAGAGGAUAAAACUGAAUCGGAAAAUCCUGUAAAAAGCUUGCUGGGCAUAGCAUAUGAAAGUUCUGACGACGAGGAAUGAUCGAAGAAUGAAGAGUGGAUGCAUAUGUGCAGUUCUGCAUGCUCAGUUUUGAUGUUUACUCGAAGUAGGAAAUGUAGUACAAGACAUCGAAUUUGGUUCGAGUGUAUCGUUUGGCACUAAUAUAUUACAUUGCUUUGAAAGCUUACCAAAUUUCCUCGGUCUGCCUCCUGGUGCAAAUGUCUUAGAAAGAGUAUAGAAAAGACUUUUUGUGAUCGAUUCAUUGUAGAAACUUGAAAUUGCCAAUCUGACGCGUGUUUUGACA